AUGCUAAAAACGGAGACCAGGCAUUACGCCGAUGCCUGUGCCCAGCAGUUUUUGUCUGUGGCCGAGGCAUGGGGAGUUCAACCAAACAUCACCACACAGCAGCAAGCACUUGUUCCGAUGCCCACUCAGGGUGAAUCUCAACUGGAAGAUGACAGAGGGAACCAACAGAAAACUCCUCCAGUGCAGAUCUCCACUAUUUACAGCUGCACCUUAUUCACAAACCUGCCAGGAGCUGAUGACUACAGCCUGCUUUCAGCCCACAGCGCUCAGCCAGAACAGCACAACGGCACAGGUCAGAGCACUUUGUCCAGCCAGGCAGCCCCUUCUGAUGGAAGCCCUGUCACACAAGAUACACAGCAGUUCAAACACUACACUGCACCACAUAUUCCUGUGAGCAUCUGGACGUUCGAGGUAUUCCAGCAGCAACAAUGCCAAGAAAGGGUAAGCGUUCCCAGGCCCUCAAGCUCCGGUGGCAGAAGGCCAGAGAGUCUCAAGGUGAGAAGGCUGAAGGUACCGACCCUCAAAUUGGCACUGUGUCUCAGCACGUACCUGAUGCAGACGCUGUACAGUCAGGACAGCCCAGAGACGGUUUGUGUGUUGGUGGACAGCAGCACAACGGCACAGGUCAGAGCACUUUGUCCAGCCCUGCAGCCCCUUCUGAUGGAAGCCCUGUCACACAAGCUGCACAGCAGACCGUUUGAGAACAAGUGA